AUGCGCAAGUACGCCAUUGUUGGCCUUCUUCCGGCCGUACUGGGCUGCUCAAACCCAGACUCGAACGCUUGUGCCAGCUACAUCAGCGCCCAUGUAGCCGACUGUGCCACAUUCAUGAACGCUGUAGUCACUGCCACUGCUGAGCUACCAUCUUGGGCCAGCAACUUCGGGAACAAACCUUCACAAAUCUCAAAGGAGUGUAGCUGUUAUACCACUGGGGGUGGGGGUGGAGGAGCAACGCCAACUGCAACUUCAACAACAAUCAAGACCUCCAUUACAACGGCGAAGCCGACUAAUACAGGUGGGAGCGGAUCCACUCCCACAGGCCUCACUACCAAACUUCCUGCUUCCUCCGGGGCCACCUCGACGUCUAAGCCCAUCACCGUGAGCGGCAGCUUCGAUGGAGGCAUGAAGAAAUACGACCGGUCUACGAAGGUCUGUCAAGGACAGUCAGAGACAGGCGAAGAUGACGCUAUCUUCGUUCUCAAGGAUGGGGCAACCUUAUCAAAUGUCAUCAUCGGUCCAAAUCAAGCCGAGGGGGUGCAUUGCCAGGGAACUUGCACGAUCAACAACGUCUGGUGGCAGGAUGUCUGCGAGGAUGCUAUCACAUUCAAGCAGUCAAGCGGCACAUCUUACAUAAACGGCGGAGGGGCAUUUGCCGCGUCAGAUAAAAUCGUCCAGUUCAACGGUUUUGGCACGGUCCAGAUCAAGAACUUUUACGCCCAAGACUACGGGAAAUUGUCACGAUCCUGUGGCAAUUGCGACAACAACGGAAAUGCUCGGCAUAUCGUGAUUGACAACACCGUUGCACUCAAUGGCGGUGUACUUUGUGGCAUCAACGGCAACUAUGGCGACUCUUGCACCAUCACAAACAGUUGCCAGAAUAAGGGUAAGAGUUGCGACAAUUACAAGGGUAAUAACAAGGGCGAUGAACCCACCAAGGUCUCAUCUGGGAAUGACGGCACUCACUGUAUUGUCAAGAGCUUGAGUAGCAACUGCUGA